AUGGUCCCUUUCACCGCAAUUGUGCGUUUGCUAGCACUUGCCGCCACCAAUGCUGUUAUAGUCAAUGCCAUUCCGUACAAAGUUCUUCAAUUGCGUGAUCCGCCCACGGCGCUGCCAGAGAGAGCCACGGUAGACGACAAGAAAUGGCAACCUGCAAUGGAUUUCGACACUGAUAGUUGCUAUAAUACCCCAGCAAUCGAUGCGAACGGGAACGUUGCGCCAGGCCUUGAUCACGACAACACAGGAUUGUCAACAGGCUGUCAUGAUCUGUCGGAUCUCCAAAACAACAACGUGUACUCCCGUGCGCGAUGCAACAAUGGAUGGUGCGCUUACAUGUAUGAUUACUAUUUCGAGAAGGAUGUAGCUAUUCAAAACUUUCCUUUCGAUCUAGGUCACCGGCACGACUGGGAACACAUCGUCAUAUUUGUGCAAAACGGUGUUGCCAAAGCUGUUGCCGCAUCACAACAUGGCAAUUACGAGACGAAAGCAGCCAGUGAUGUUCGUUGGGACGGUAACCAUCCCAAGAUGGUAUUCCACAAAGACGGGUUGAGCACGCAUUGCUUUCGUUUUGCGAAUGCGGACGACGACCACAUUGAGAAUGCAUUGGGCCAAUGGUUCUACGGCCCCCUCGUCUCGUACAAUGGGUUCCCGACAACUGGGCUGCGGGACAAGCUGAUGUCUUGGGAUUUUGGUGAUGCUAGUAUAGGCAUCAAGGAUGCGAGCUUCCAAAACCAACUUGAGAAUGCGCGCAAGGACCUCGUCCCUGGAUUUGACAGCAGUUUAGACGAUGGCUCGCCAGGCAAUCCGUAG